CUUUACUUCAAAGUCAAUAUAUCCCACUGUUCAGCAGCCAAUUUGAUGGCGUUCAAGGCAGUGAUCCUCUGUCGGUGAUGACCCUGCAAUUUUGCAAAUUUCCCGAAACAUGAGGUUGGCCGCCUAUGCCGGGGCCUCCACGGUCCUGGCCGCUGGUGUCAUUAUCAGGGCAUUUCAUCAGCGACCAAAUUUCUAUUCCGCGUGUGUUUAUCUAGCUCAAAGCAAUGCUUGCUUAAUGAUUCUUACAAACCUGGUGCUUCUGACCAUCAGUGGCUUUGUUCUUGGGCUUCAGCGGCUCUUGUAUGGACCACUUCGCCCGAUUGAGGUUGAAAUGCUUUAUGAAAAUGCCUGGUAUGCUAUCACGGAGACAUGUCUGGCGAUGACCAUUUUUCGAGAAGAAGUCGGCGCUUGGUUUAUUAUGAUGUUUGUCACCCUACUGGUCGGAAAGGUGUGGGGUUGGAUUGGGGCUGGUCGUGUUGAGGUUCUUCAGCAGCAACCUCCCGCAAACCCUCGUUUGUUCCACGCUCGAAUUUCCAUAUCACUCCUCCUUUCCGUCGUAUACAACCUCUAUAUGCUUUACUACUCCGUCUCCACUGUCCUCGAUCAGGCUCGGCCGAACAUGAUGGUCAUGUUUGCCUUUGAGUUUGCGGUACAAGCUAUCAACUCUAUGGCGACAGUGGCACACUAUGGCCUUGCCGUGGUGGAGAUUAUCGUGGUCAGGAAGCAGACCCAAGCCAGAUUACGCGAGAGAAGAGCACAAAUAAGGGAAGAUAGGGAAGAGGCACUCACGCAAGCUGUUGAGAAUGGUGCCGACUCUACAGAUAUUACUAGAAGGCUGCAAAACCUUCCUGAUGAAGAUGAAACCGACGUGGACGCAAUGGAUGUUGAUGUGCCUGGAUGGGAGAACAAAAGCCGGUGGGUGUUCUAUUUAGACCUUGCAGCAGACUUUUUUAAGCUCGUUACCUAUCUAUCAUUCUUCGCCAUCCUGACCAUGUUCUAUGGACUGCCUAUCCACAUUCUACGAGACGUGUUUGUCACUCUCCGCUCAUUCUUGGGCAGGAUUCGUGACUUUAUUCGGUACCGCAACGCAACCCGUGACAUGAAUGAUCGAUAUCCGGAUGCCACUGCCGAUGACUUAGCAAGGGAUAAUGUUUGUAUCAUUUGCAGAGAAGAGAUGAUGCCCUGGCAGGUGCCAAACGAAGGCCGUCGGGCCGGGGAAGGGGGACUCAGAUCUGCCAGACGAGUGAACACAACUUUGGAUGAAAGGCUUCGCCCCAAGAAGCUUCCUUGCGGGCACAUCCUUCAUUUUGCAUGCCUGCGGAGCUGGCUGGCGCGACAACAAGUAUGUCCUACGUGCCGCCGGCCUGUGCUUGAGCCCAAUCAGGUACGAGUGGUGCCUGCCAAUCGUCCAGCGGCUGCGGAGCCACAUGUUCAGCAACCGAGAGCAAAUGUGCAGGCACAGCAGGGUGCUCAACCACCUCCUGGAGUCCAGAAUGCACCGGGCGGCCGGAUUAUCAACUUGGGCCCGCUGCGGAUUGGAUUCGGGGUAGGACCUCCUGACGUUGUACAGAACCUUGCGCAACAGAUGAACAACAGGCCGGCUGCUCAGCCGCAAAUCCAACCGGCGAAUGCGGCAGAACGACCCCGGUUUGGCUUUGGUCUCAACUUUGGACGGCCUGCUCCUCCUCGAGCCCAGAACCCUGCGGCCAACUUCAACCCAGGCUUGGUUCAAGCACAGCUGCACCAGAUCGAACAACAAAUUAUGCAAGAGAUCAAUAGCCUCCGUCUGCUUUCUGAUCAAUUGCAUAAUGUACGCGCGUUGCAAGGUGAAUUGGCUCGGCUACGAAUUGCCCAAGCUUUCCCUCCAACUACCUUUGCAAAUCCUAAUCCAAGCAUGAACUAUGUCGGUAAUCCUAUCCGUCCUGCUCAGCAAUAUACGCUUCCCUCCCACCCACGAGGCGGCUUACAAGCAUAUGGAGCCCAACCACAAACAACAGUGAUGGCUCAUAAUGACCCAAACCUUCCCCAGGGGCUGCAUUUACCUCCUGGGUGGACAAUGCUGCCAUUGUCUCGAGUUAUUUUGCCAACACCAGUACCGCAGAUUGCCGGUUCCAAUGAUCCUAAUCAACGGCCAACUGCUCCGAGCCCAGUUCCACGUGCAGGCAGUGCACCUCCUUCUACGCAAGCCGAACAUACUGUACUUCCUACCUUCGAUUCUACUACCGCUUUCAAUGGGGCUCCAAGCGGUACUGCAGACGUGCCCGUGUCAACGGCCCCUAGUCCCGGUCCAUUCGCACCUGUAACGUCAACAGAAUCGCCUUCAUCGCUAAGAAAUGAUGAUCCUAGCGCCGGAAAUCAAGCUUCUCCAUCGUUGACAGCAUCAGAGCCGAAUGAAACUCCGCGGCCUGCUGACGCGGCUCCUGGCAUCACUAAUGCAGGCAACGAAGGUGGUGAUCACGGAAGUUCUGCUCCUCUCUCACAUGAGACUGUCGCCACGGCCGGUCCGAUCAGUGGGCCAGAUUCGGUGGAAACUCCAGUAAGCCAUGCGCAAGAGACCAGAAUCCACCCCGACGAAUCAGCUGGAGAUGGCCCUAGUGAUGAAGGCGGAGACAAUACUAAAGGUAAAGGGAGGGCGGCUACCGUCGAAGAUCUCGUUGAGGACACUGAUUGACGCAAGAAUCGAAUUCUUUUUCAUGUAUUGUUUUACUCAUGCAAGCACAUACCAGCAUAAAUAUCCCAGCAUCUUAAAGAGGCGUAACGAUCAUUUCUUAUU